GGAUCAGUGACCGUGAAUGAGAGGAGAGUGUGUAUCCUCUCGUACAGCAGCGGAGGCAGGUGUCACACUCAGAAGGUGACACAACAGGCCUGUGCUCCUCUUCCAGUCAUUCUUCAUCUGACGCACCUGUGUGGAUGUCUGGAAACUUACAGAAGAGAGUCUUUCCUGCGUUGUGGCUUAUGACCCUCUUUCUCAGGGUCUCGUGUGGCGACGUCUGAUGUCCAGGAGGAAACACAAACAGCACAGUCAUGGUCAUUCUACAGCAGGGCGACUAUGUCUGGCUGGACCUGAAGACAGGCCGGGAAUUUGAGGUCCCGAUCGGAGCCGUGGUGAAGCUCUGUGAUUCUGGUCAGAUCCAAGUCUUGGAUGAUGAAGGAAAUGAACACUGGAUCUCUCCCCAAAAUGCCACAAACAUCAAGCCGAUGCACCCCACUUCCAUCCAUGGGGUGGAGGACAUGAUUCGACUGGGGGAUCUGAAUGAGGCGGGAAUCCUCCGGAACCUUCUCAUCCGCUACAGAGAACAUCUCAUCUAUACAUAUACUGGGUCCAUCUUAGUGGCUGUAAACCCGUAUCAGCUGCUACCCAUCUAUACGGCAGACCAGAUUCGCCUCUACACCAACAAGAAGAUCGGAGAGAUGCCUCCACACAUCUUUGCCAUCGCUGACAACUGUUACUUCAACAUGCAACGCAACAACAAAGACCAGUGUUGUAUCAUAAGUGGUGAGUCUGGAGCAGGAAAAACCGAAAGUACCAAGUUGAUUCUACAGUUUUUGGCGGCUAUCAGUGGGCAGCACUCCUGGAUUGAGCAGCAGGUGCUGGAGGCGAAUCCCAUCUUAGAAGCCUUUGGGAAUGCUAAAACCAUCCGUAAUGACAACUCCAGCCGCUUUGGGAAGUAUAUCGACAUCCACUUCAACAAAAGAGGAGCCAUAGAAGGAGCAAAGAUUGAGCAGUACCUUCUGGAGAAAUCCAGAGUGUGUCGACAGGCCCGUGAUGAAAGAAACUACCACAUUUUCUACUGUAUGUUGAAGGGAAUGUCUCCAGACCAGAAGAAGAAACUAGGCUUGGGUAAUGCCACAGACUACACCUACCUUACUAUUGGAAAGUGCACUGUUUGUGACGGUCGUGAUGAUCAGAAGGAAUACUCAAACAUCCGUUCGGCCAUGAAGGUCCUCAUGUUCACGGAUAAAGAGAACUGGGAGAUUUCCAAGCUGCUAGCCGCUAUUCUGCACAUGGGCAACCUGAACUACGAGGCUCGCACGUAUGAUAAUUUGGAUGCCUGUGAGGUUGUACGUUGCUCAGAUCUCACCACUGCUGCUGUUUUAUUAGAGGUGGACUUGAAGGACCUGAUGAAUUGUUUGACCAGCCGAACCAUAAUAACCCGUGGAGAGACGGUGUCCACUCCUCUCAGUAUUGAGCAGGCGCUGGACGUGCGGGAUGCCUUUGUUAAGGGAAUAUAUGGACGUUUGUUUGUGUGGAUUGUUGAGAAAAUCAAUGCUGCCAUUUAUAAGCCUCCAUCCCUCGAGCUCAAAACAGUGCGGAGAUCCAUCGGCCUGCUCGACAUAUUCGGCUUUGAGAACUUCACAGUUAACAGCUUUGAGCAGUUGUGUAUCAACUUUGCCAAUGAAAACCUGCAGCAAUUCUUCGUCCGUCAUGUUUUCAAGCUGGAGCAGGAAGAAUAUAACCUUGAGAACAUAAACUGGCAGCACAUUGAGUUCACUGACAACCAGGACGCUUUGGACAUGAUCGCCAUAAAGCCCAUGAAUAUCAUUUCUCUCAUUGACGAGGAGAGCAAGUUUCCCAAGGGUACAGACACCACCAUGCUGAACAAACUCAACUCUCAACACAAACUUAAUACCAACUACAUUCCACCUAAAAACACUUAUGAAACACAGUUUGGCAUCCAGCACUUUGCUGGUGUGGUCUACUACGAGACCAGAGGUUUUCUGGAGAAGAAUCGAGACACCCUGCACGGUGACAUCAUUCAGCUUGUGCACUCCUCCAAAAACAAAUUCAUCAAGCAGAUCUUUCAGGCGGAUGUUGCUAUGGGGGCGGAGACCAGAAAACGUUCACCGACACUGAGCAGUCAAUUCAAGCGCUCUCUGGAGCUGUUGAUGCGCACGUUGAGCGUGUGUCAGCCGUUCUUCGUCCGCUGCAUCAAACCCAAUGAGUACAAGAAACCCAUGCUCUUUGAUCUUGAGCUGUGUGUGAGGCAGCUCAGGUAUUCUGGAAUGAUGGAAACCAUCCGGAUUCGCCGGGCCGGAUACCCCAUCCGUUACACUUUCGUUGAGUUUGUGGACAGAUACCGUGUUUUGAUGCCUGGAGUGAAACCUGCUUACAAACAGGGGGACCUAAGAGGAACCUGUCAGCGUAUCGCUGAAGCCGUAUUGGGGCGUGAUGAUGAUUGGCAGAUGGGAAAAACAAAGAUAUUCUUGAAGGACCACCAUGACAUGCUGCUGGAAAUCGAGAGAGACAAGGCCAUAACCGAUAAGGUCAUUCUCAUUCAGAAAGUUGUCAGAGGAUUCAAGGACAGAUCUAACUUCUUGAAGUUGAAAAAAUCAGCCUUGUUGAUCCAGAAAACGUGGAGGGGUUACUACUGCCGGAAGAACUACGGAGCGAUGCGUGGUGGUUUCUCACGUCUGCAGGCAUUGUAUCGUUCUCGCAAACUCUACCAGACGUACCAUGUUGCACGUCAGAGAAUCACCCUUUUCGAGGGCCGCUGCAGAGGAUACCUAGUGCGCCGGGCGUUUCGACACCGUCUUUGGGCCGUCAUCACCAUCCAGGCAUAUACGAGGGGAAUGAUCGCCCGCCGACUCUACAAAAGACUCAAAGGAGAGUACCGGCGACGUUUGGAAGCGGAGAAGAUGCGAUUGGCUGAGGAGCAGAAGUUUAGGAACCAGAUGAGUGCCAGGAAGGCCAAAGAAGAAGCCGAAAAGAAGCACCAGGAAAGAUUGGCACUGCUGGCGCGAGAGGAUGCUGAGCGUGAGAGGAAGGAGCGAGAGGAGGCAAGGAGGAAAAAGGAAAUGUUGGACCAGAUGGAGAAAGCACGACAUGAGCCGGUCAAUGACUCUGAUAUGGUGGACAAGAUGUUUGGCUUUUUGGGAACCACAAACUCGUUCCCUGGUCAGGAGGGUCAAGCGCCUGCUGGGUUUGAGGACCUGGAGCGAACGCACAGGGAGCUUGAGGUGGAAGACCUGGAUGAAUCUCUUCCUCUCCCAGAGGAUGAUGUGGAAGACUUGUCGGAGUACAAAUUUGCCAAGUACUCUGCCACAUAUUUCCAGGGCACGACCACUCACACUUACAUGCGCCGCCCGCUCAAACAGCCCUUACUGUUUCACGAAGAUGAAGGAGAUCAGCUGGCUGCUCUGGCCGUUUGGAUCACGAUUCUCCGAUUCAUGGGUGACCUUCCAGAACCCAAAUACCACACGGCCAUCAGUGACGGCAGCGAGAAGAUUCCUGUCAUGACCAAGAUCUACGAGACACUUGGCAAGAAAACCUACAAGAGAGAGCUGCAGGCUCUGCAGGGAGAUGGAGAGAACACUCACGUUGACAGUCACAAAAAGAGCAGUGUGCGUCACAAGCUGGUGUCGCUCACCCUGAAGAAGAAGUCGAAGAUUACAGAGGAGGUGACCAAGCGUCUGAAUGAUGGUGAAUACACAGUCCAUGGAAACAGCAUGCUGGAGGACCGACCCACAUCCAAUCUGGAGAAGCUACACUUUAUCAUCGGCAACGGCAUCCUUCGCCCAGGGUUGAGAGAUGAGAUCUACUGUCAGAUCUGUAAGCAGUUGACCCAGAAUCCCUCUAAAAGCAGUCACGCCCGCGGCUGGAUCCUCAUGUCUCUGUGUGUCGGCUGCUUCGCUCCCUCUGAGAAGUUUGUCAAGUACCUGAGGAACUUCAUCAGUGAGGGUCCUCCGGGUUACGCUCCCUAUUGCGAGGAGAGACUGAGGAGAACGUUUGUGAAUGGAACAAGAACACAACCACCAUCCUGGCUAGAGCUUCAGGCCACAAAAUCAAAAAAGCCAAUAAUGCUACCCGUGACAUUUAUGGACGGAACCACAAAAACACUUUUGACGGACUCUGCGACCACGGCCAUGGAGCUCUGCAACGCACUGUCCGACAAGAUCAGCCUUCAGGAUCGAUUUGGCUUCUCCCUGUACAUUGCUCUGUUUGAUAAGGUUUCCUCUCUUGGCAGUGGUAAUGAUCAUGUGAUGGACGCUGUGUCUCAGUGUGAGCAGUACGCUAAAGAGCAGGGCGCUCAGGAGCGCAACGCCCCCUGGAGGUUGUUCUUUAGAAAGGAGAUAUUCACACCUUGGCACGACCCAGCAGAGGACGCUGUCGCUACAAACCUCAUCUACCAGCAGAUCGUGCGCGGCGUCAAGUUUGGCGAAUACCGCUGUGAUAGGGAGGAGGAUCUAGCGGAGCUGGCGUCGCAACAGUACUACGUGGACUAUGGCUCUGAGAUCCUUGUGGAACGUCUGUUAAGUCUUAUUCCAUCCUACAUCCCGGACAGAGAGAUCAGCUCGGCCAAAACCGUGGAGAGAUGGGCUCAGUUCAUAAUGGCUGCACACAAAAAGGGUAUCUACACUCAGAAGAGGGUGGACCCUCAGAAAGUGAAGGAGGAAGUUGUGGAUUUUGCUCGUUAUAAGUGGCCAUUGUUAUUCUCAAGAUUCUAUGAGGCCUUUAAAUUUUCAGGUCCUAGCCUACCCAAGAAUGACGUGAUUGUGGCUGUAAACUGGACAGGUGUUUACUUUGUGGACGAGCAAGAGCAGGUUCUUUUGGAGCUUUCUUUCCCAGAGAUCACCGCUGUGUCCAGCAGCAGAGGGGGGAAGCUUCAGGCCCAGAGCUUCACAUUAGCCACCAUCAAAGGGGACGAGUACACGUUCACCUCCAAUAAUGCAGAGGACAUACGGGACCUGGUGGUCACCUUCCUAGAGGGUCUCAGGAAGAGAUCCAAGUUUGUUGUGGCCUUACAGGACAACCCCAGUCGAGCUGGCGAUGAUUCAACGUUCCUGAGCUUCCUAAAAGGUGACCUCAUUCUGCUGGACCAGGACACGGGCGAGCAGGUCAUGACAUCAGGCUGGGCCCACGGGAUCAACGACAGAACCAAACAGAAAGGAGAUUUCCCUGCCGACUGUGUUUAUGUGCUGCCCACAGUCAUUAGACCUCCACCUGAUAUUGUGGCUUUGGUUACCAUGACACCAGACCAACGUCAGGAGUCAAUCCGGAUUUCACAUGUCCCUAUAACGGAGUCGGAGGAGAGGAUAAAGCCGUACACUCUGGAGGAAUACUCAUAUGACUACUUCAGGCCUCCUCCCAAACACACGCUCAGUAGAGUGAUGAUCACCAAGAACCGCGGGAAGGACAAACUGUGGUCCUGCACACGAGAACCCAUCAAACAGGCCCUUCUGAAGAAGUGUGUGGGCCAUGAGGAGCUUUCCCAGGAGGCCUGCAUGGCUUUCAUUGCUAUAAUGAAAUAUAUGGGCGAUUAUCCAUCCAAGCGGACACGUUCUGUGAACGAGCUCACGGAUCAGAUCUUCGAGGGUGCGCUGAAGGCGGAGCCUCUUAAAGACGAGAUCUUCUGCCAGAUACUCAAACAAAUGACUGACAACCAUGUCAAGUACAGUGAAGAGAAGGGCUGGGAGCUGCUUUGGCUGUGUGCUGGUCUCUUUCCUCCCAGUAACGUCCUCUUACCACACGUCCAGAGGUUUCUACAGUCGAAGAAACAUCAUCCGUUGGCUCCUGACUGCAUGCAGAGACUGCAGAAAGCUUUACGGAACGGAUCCCGAAAAUAUCCCCCUCACCUGGUUGAGGUGGAGGCUAUUCAGCACAAGACCACACAGAUCUUUCACAAAGUGUACUUCCCUGAUGACACAGAUGAGGCGUUUGAGGUGGAGUCCAGCACGAAGGCCAAAGACUUCUGUCUGAACAUCUCCAGUAGACUGCUGCUCAAAUCACCUGAAGGCUUUAGUCUGUUUGUCAAGAUCUCUGAUAAGGUGAUAAGUGUACCUGAGGGUGAUUUCUUCUUUGACUUUGUCCGCCAUUUGACAGACUGGAUCAAGAAAGCAAGACCUGCUAAAGAUGGUAUAGUGCCUUCAUUGACCUACCAGGUGUUUUUCAUGAAGAAGCUCUGGACGACCACAGUUCCAGGCAAAGACUCCUUCGCAGACUCCAUAUUUCAUUAUUAUCAGGAACUUCCUAAGUAUCUCCGUGGAUACCACAAAUGCUCCAGAGAAGAAGUUUUCCAGCUCGGCGCUCUCAUCUACCGGGUCAAAUUUGAGGAUGACAAAUCCCACUUUCCCAGCAUUCCCAAGAUGCUGAAGGAGAUGAUUCCUCAGGACCUGAUUCGCCAGCUCUCACCUGACGACUGGAAAAGGUCGAUUGUGGCAUACUUCAACAGACAAGCUGGGAAAUCAAGGGAGGAAGCAAAGCUGAUGUUUCUGAAGAUCAUUUUCAAAUGGCCCACGUUUGGUUCUGCCUUUUUUGAAGUGAAGCAAACCACUGAGCCACACUUCCCUGAGAUCCUGUUGAUAGCCAUCAAUAAAUAUGGAGUCAGCCUAAUCGACCCCAAGAACAAGGAUAUUUUAACCACAUAUCCCUUCACGAAGAUUUCCAACUGGAGCAGUGGGAACACAUACUUCCACAUCACUAUUGGCAACCUGGUUCAGGGCAGCAAACUUCUGUGUGAGACGUCACUGGGCUACAAAAUGGAUGACCUGUUGACGUCCUACAUUAGCCAGAUGUUGACCACCAUGAGUAAGCAGCGUAAUUCACGCGGCCACAGCAAGUGAACGUUUGAUUGGCGUGAGGCGGUGGAGCUGGUGCGUCUGCUGCGGCCUAUUGGUCGGCCCUGUAGCUGGGGGCGGGCUUUCGCUUCCCAGCUGUGGCGAAUGAGCCGCACCCCCUCUGCCAGCUCCCAGGGCUCUGUGUACCCCGAUGAAGACUCUUCAUCUGCCUCCAGUGAGGAUGACUACCUCUGAACAAAGCUGAAGGGACUUGGAAAAGGCGUGAAGAACCUGAUUUAUGUGUCUUUUGUUGGAUUAUUUGCUCCAGAAUAUAUUAUAUGACUUAAUGCUCAAUUUAGGUACCAUUUACUAAGUUUUGUGAAAGUCAGCUGAGUCGAAUAUGAACUGGAAUGGCUUAGCUACAUGCAUCUCGAAGCUUUCAUCAACAUUUUGGAAAUUUGUGCUGUAUUCCUCACAAUAACUGCAAUGAACAAACAGUAUUUGGAUACAUUAGGUGGUAAAAAUAUUGUAAAUGCACUAAGAAAAAUACUUGCCUGAGUCUCUAGGGGUUUUGACAGAAUUUGAGAAUUCUGUGAUUUAAAUUUGAUUAACUUUUUAAAAUAUUGUUAAACUGCAUGCCUUAAUGCUUUUGUGGAAGAUGGGUAACUUUUUACAGGCUUGAAAAAUUGUUACGAUCAAACUUCAUGCCGUUAUGAUUUGUAGUGUGAGUGUAUUUUAGGAAGGAAAAAAGAAUGAAAAAAACUGCAUUAUAGUGUUAAGGAUUUAAUGAGAACUAACAACAAAAAAGCACUGGGUUAAAUUGAGAUAAAAAUGUUAUUAGGCAGUACAUAGUGUAUACUAUAAAAAUCUUCUUGCUUUUGAAAACAGGAUUCACUUUCUUAAUGUAAAAUGUAAUUUUUUUCCCUUUCUUGAUGAUUCUCAAGAUUCACCCAGUAGCUGAUAAAUAGAAACGCUAAAAUGACGCAGUAGUUUUCCAUUAUUUUUUUGAAAGCGCGUCGUUGCUUGUGUAUGGAACUGUAGGUUUGAUUUGUUAGUGUCUUUUUAUUCAGUUAAUUUAUGGCCUUUAUUUGCACCAAUAUGUCCUUCAGCACAAAUAUUUGACUGACUCGCUGUAACAUCAGAAACUAACCUGAACUACAGAACACGUCUGUUUCAUGUGUUUUAUGUGCUAAUUCAUUUAUAAGCAGAUAAAGUUCUGACUACUGUUAUAUUGCCACUCUUUUAUGUAACGGCACCAGUUUAGUUAUAAAUAAAAUUUUAUAUUAAACAUUCCUGUAAAAAGUGCAGCGUUUCUAACAUGAUGAAUUAAACAUGGGUUCAA